AUGUGUCCCCCCUCCAUCCCCCCACCCAACAGCCCAGACAACCCGCAAGCAAACCCACCACCCCGUCGCCCUCGCCCUCGGCACGCCUCCACCUCAUCCCGAGCCUCCGCCCCCCGCAACACCAACCGCGCUCGACAGAACAGCCAUGGCCGUGCCCACGCGAACGCCCGCGACAACGACCACCAGCAACCCGAACGGAAUGCGCAAGCGCAAGACCAUGCCCGCGAAAGCUCCGACGACGACGACGACGACGACGACGCAUUCGACGCGGUCGCAAUGGAGUGGGCGGUGAACCUGGUCGCGGCGAUGCGCAUCGUCCGCACGGCGGCGGAUAGCGGCCGGCGGUGUAGGCUCUCGUUCAGGCAGGCGAAUGCGUUGGUGUCGUACUUGGAUGCGGUGAUUCAGUCGAGGAGUCGUGGUAGGGCAAGAGGGGGUCGGGGUGGGACUGGGACUGGGACGGGGACGGGGGCAGCUGCGGAUCGGAAUCGGAAUGGAGGGCGGUAG